AUGUCAUAUUAAUUUGGGAUCAAUCAACUAUAGAGCACAACAGUUCCAAAUGCAAAGUAUAAAACUAUCCUCUGCCGACACUAUUAAGGUAUGUACGCUCAAUCUAUAAAAAUAGCAACCAAAUAAUGUGCCAUAGGUUCGAAAUGCUAAUUUGCUCAUGGGAUAGAAGAAUAAAGGCAAAUGAAUGGUAAAAGAUUUUAACAUAAUCCAAAGAUCCUUUGCCUGCUUCAGCACUUUCAUCAAUCACUACUGCACCCUAAUCAACAACAAUUGAACAACAAUAAAAAAAUUAAUCACCUCUGUUUAAAAGUAUGAAUAAGAAAUAAAAAAGUACCUUGUAAAUAUCAUCAACUCAACUUUUGUAAGAAUGGGGCAGGUUGUCAAUACGUGCACGGUAUGCAUUUAUUAAUUAUACCAAAUAGAUUCUGAUGUACAAAUCUAAACAACAUAGUAAUAACAGCAACAGUAAUAAUAAUAAUAAAUCUAAUUAUUAUAACAAUAAUAAUAACAAUAACAAUAAUAAUAAUAAUAACAAUAAUAGCAAUAAUAGCAAUAAUAACAAUAGCAAUAACUUCUUUAAACCUAAUAGUCCAUGGAUCCUAUGGCUAUCACCUUAACAUAUAUCUUGAUGGAAAUGUAGUAAAUUUUCGCUUAGGAAGUAUGUUAAUAAAAUAAUAUUUAGGAUUUACUAUAAAAGAUAAGGUAUGCUAUUGAAUUAGUGAGAUAAGGAAAUUUGGUAUCAGCCUGUGAUUAGAUUAGAGCCAUAAUUAACUCAUAAGAAAGAACUGCAGAUGAAAUUCAAUAAUAUACAUUGUUAUAUAAUUAAUCAGUAGCAUAUUACAAAUAACUAUAAUAACAAUGA